AUGGUGCAUCCCAUUUCCGGCCAUCCACUCGCCUGUCACCGGUCUCGAAGUGCUUUCAGAAUCGAAUUCGACGCCGGGAUGGCAAUGUCCUUCCGUACAAAAUUGGGUUUCUUGAUCGCACUCACUGUAUCGAUUGUCAUCGCUUGUCUAAUCAUCGCGCUCGCCGACACACGGCCUGAUCCACGUCCAGUCGUGCUGUUUGUGGGCGAUUCCCACACCGAAGAAGGCACCAAUCCAUCACUAAACGGCUGGGUGGCAAUGCUUCAGAGGCGAUAUGUGGGCACCGAUGUCAUCACGCGCGCCUUUCCGGGCUACAAUACCAAAUGGUUUCUCAAAUAUGUCGCGCCUACAAUCGCUCAGGAAAGUCGGAAAAGUAUCUAUCCCACCCCGUCACUCAUCACGAUUUGGUUUGGAAGCAACGAUGCUGCGCUGGCAAACGGAACUGCCUCGAAAACACAUGUCCCCAUCGUGGAGUACAAGAAAAAUUUGGUUGCAAUCGCUCGCAUUUUCCAGAUCGCAGCACCCACUGCAGCCUUGUUGUUGAUCACACCACCGCACAUAAACGACAGUGCCAGAGUCACUAUCGCAGCAGAACAAAACGGUACGAUUGACCGAACAAAUGCCAUGUCGAGUUCGUAUGCUCGUGCAUGCGUAGAAGUAGGUGCGGCACUGCACGUUCCAGUGUUGGACCUGAACUUGCACUUCAACACGAUGCCUGAGACGACCCGAAAUGCUUUGUUGCUCGCUGAUGGACUACACUUAAAUGCAUUGGGUAAUCUACAAGUAGAGUCGCUACUGGGAAGCAAACUUGCAUUCGAGUUUCCCGAGUUAGAAGGCGACUUCAGGAUUCCGCAGUUUCCAGCAGCUAGUCAGUACGUGAGGGAAGAUCCGUGGAAUUCAGAGAGAAGUAGUCGGGAGUAA